CUUUGCAAACUGCGUGGAAAUUUAUUCCAACCGUCGGAAGAAAUAUCAAACUUCUUCAAUUCCGAAAACCUUUGCGAAGGUCAGAGAUUUACGAGCAAUGGGUUCUCUCGCAAAGGACAACAGGGAGGAGGUUAUUCAGGCAUGGUACAUGGACGACAGCAACGAAGAUCAGAGACUUCCUCAUCACAGGAAUCCUAAAGAAUUCAUUUCCUUUGAGAAACUUGAUGAGCUUGGAGUUCUUAGCUGGAGACUCGAUGCUGACAACUAUGAAAUCGAUCCGGAGUUGAAGAAAAUUCGGGAAGAUCGUGGAUACACUUACACGGACAUGAUCGAAGUUUGCCCUGAAAAACUUCCAAAUUACGAGGAGAAGAUCAAGCAUUUCUACGAAGAACAUCUCCACACCGAUGAAGAAAUCCGUUAUUGUCUAGCAGGAAGUGGCUAUUUUGAUGUACGAGAUCGCAACGAAUCUUGGAUUCGCAUUUGGGUUAAAAAAGGAGCGUUGAUCAUUCUUCCUGCUGGAAUUUAUCACCGCUUCACCCUUGAUUCGAACAAUUACAUCAAGGCAAUGCGACUUUUUGUUGGUGAGCCUGUUUGGACUCCAUACAAUCGCCCGCACGACCAUCUCCCGGCAAGGAAAGAGUAUAUUGAAACAUUUCUGCAGAAGGGUGAAACAGCAGCUGUUUGAGGGGCUCUUUGCCACAAUUGAUUUGGGCUUUCCUGUUGGUGUUGUUAAUAAUAAGGUUAUAGUUUUUGUCAUCAUGAUAUAUAUAUAUCUCUCUCUCUUUAUGUGUGACUGUGCUGUGUUUUUAAUUUGUUGAAUUUGAAUAAAAGAAAAUAAUAUUCUCCCAUUUCAAUUUAAUAUAUAUAUAUUUUUAGGGUAAA